GGCGCACGCGUCUAUAUCGUCGACGUAUCAAUUCGCGAGAUUUCAUCGACCAGAGAACUAAAACAAAAUUGGGACAACGAACGACCACACGAAUUUCUAAUAUGUUUUUAUAACAAAAAUUUACGCUACUUUUGGAUGAAAACCACGUGAUCGGUGUUGUGAAUAAUUUUUGAAUUAGUAAAAUGUGUUUAACAAAGUGUGCUUUACUUUUCAUUGGAAUUUUAAUAUUUUGUGCAGAUAUCGUGCCAGAAGCAGAAGGAAAUAUUCUAUCUAUGGUAGAUUUUCGGUACUGGCGGUGUGUGAUGAAGCGCGAUUUGACGUGUCCGAACAGCGAGAUCAACUUCUUUUUGUACACCCCGGAGCGGCCUUGGAAACAAUGGGUGGACGUGCGCCACAAAGACCUGCUAGAGGUCUACGGCUGGAAGGAGACCAGGAAGAAUGUACUCAUAAUCCAUGGGUUUAAUGGGACGCAUUCGAAACAUCCAAUGAGCUACAUUAGAGACGCGUAUCUUUCUCGCAAAGAUUACAACGUGUUCGCGGUCGACUGGUCGCCGCUAACCAGAUUUCCCUGCUAUCUGUCUUCAUUAUCUAACAUGAAAUUAGCUGCUCAGUGUACAGCCCAGCUGUACUCAUACAUCACAAAAGCGGGUGCUUUGGCUAAAAUGAUCACUUGUGUCGGCCAUUCACUAGGAGCUCACAUUUGCGGGAUGAUCUCAAACCAUCUUACAGAGAAGCAAUACAAAAUUAUUGGUCUGGAUCCAGCGCGUCCACUAGUAUCCGCGUAUGGCUCUCGUCUGUUCCGGCUUGGGCGAGACGAUGCCCAUAUAGUGCAGGUCAUUCAUACUAACGCUGGGUUCCUGGGCGAAACUGGACAGGUUGGACACGCUGACUUCUGCGUAAAUGGUGGACGUUUGCAACCGGGAUGUCACGGACAUGCUAUGCGCAUAGCCCGUUGCAGUCACUUUAUGAGUUCCUGCUACUUCGCGGCAAGCGUGCGCAAACGUAUCCGUAUGGUGGGUGUACCAUGUGACAGUACUUGCCCCAAGCAGCGCGGACGAUGGGGAAUAAAGCUGGAUCGAAGAGCUGUCAUUUUAGGAGAAGACACGCCUGAAUCAUCUCGAGGAAUGUACUGCGUACAAUUGGACCAUGAUGAGAAUUGUCCAUUUGACUGAGUUCGUAAUUUCAAUCAUCUCACGGAGGAGUUUGUAAGAUAAUUUAUGUUUGUAAAUAAUUGUUUGUAAUUUAUUAAAUAU